UUCUACCCCCUUGAAUGAGCGCGCACUGGUACAAUUAUGGAUGACAUCGCAGCCAUGGAGUACUUAGAUUAUCUGAAUAUGAGCGCUGCGAAUCGCAGUACUGCGCUGCUGCCGAGCGAUAACUGGGCGCCAUUGCACACUAUCGUCGGACCCGUCGCGUGUGCAGCGAUCGCUGUGCUCGGGAUUGUCGGAAACGUACUGGUCAUUCUCAGCGUGCUGCUGAGCCCGUACAUGCGGGGCAAGCACGAGAAUUGGCUAGUGGUCAAUCUGGCGGUGAUCAACCUGUUGUUCGUGUCCGUGUGCGUGCCGCUGUUCGGUGCGCACUGGUCACUGGAGUCGUGGCCGUUCGGACGGGAGAUGUGCCGCUUCUUCAACUACACAGUGCUCCUCAGCUACCUACUAGCCAUCUACACGCUCCUGUUGAUGGCAGUCGAAAGGUAUCUGGUCGCACUAGACCCGACAAAGAGUCGACGUCGCUUCUGUUUGGCCUCGAUGGCUGCCAUCUGGAUUGUGUUCGGAACGUUAACUACGCUGUACGCGCUCAGGCACACGACCGUGUACAGUCGCGCACUGACACCGGGCGGCCAGAGAAAGACCUACUGUCUUCCGCGAGGUCUGAGCCUGAGAAUAUUCUUCGGAUUUAUGUUUGGGAUCGGCUACGUCGUCCCGCUAAUCGUCAUCGCUGCACUCUACGUCGCCAUCUUGUUCCUGAUCAGCAGGAGCGGCCGCAGCGUCACCUGCUACGGCCAGAUGAAGCGAGCCACACUCCCGUUAGCGGCUCUGGUCAUCGCGUUCGGCGUCGCCUGGUUACCAUAUUACGUCAUCAGCUUGGAGUCGCUCUACGGGGAGCUAUGGAUCAGGAGCAGCGUCCACGCAGACUGGAUUCAUCUGCUAGCUACGGUCAGCGCCUACCUGCACGCGUGCGUCAACCCGCUCAUAUACGCGCUCUUCUCGCCUGUCUUCCGUCGCCGAUUUUGGCAGCUGACCCGCUGCCGGCGAGAGGAUGAUGUCAUCUACGGCACGAUGAAGUCAGAGGAGCAGGGCGACAUGGGCGAUGACGACGAUCAGGAAGAAUCCUUGUCAAAGGUUAGCUCGGCGACGGAGAACGUUGCUCUGUCAGAGCAGGUCACGACGAGCAUAUAAUCGUUCGCAUUGCAGCGGUUAUAUACACCACAACUAAAUAAGCGGCAGCCGCGAAAUUGGUCAGUUCGUGGCAUUUACGUACGGCAGUGAUAGCAAUUGGCAGCGUCUACAAACAGAAAUCUGUACAAAUAUUAUAUGCGCACAUACACCCGAGCACCCAUACACAGAUUACACACGCAUAUACCCGCAUUCUAUGUAUAUCCUUAAAAGAUCGUGGACGUACUGCAACGUAUAACAUCUUCAUAUCGUUGUAUAGUUUAUAUGUUCUGUGUGCAUUAGAAAGAACUCUGUAUGUUCCUGCUCUAGCUGUUAUAUAACAAAUUUGUUAAUCUAAAAUAUUUACGUCGCUUUCUCGAUCUAUAUGGACGAUCUGUAUGAACAUAUUAUCAAGAGCGUAUAAAGAAGGCUCCUUCUUUAUACGCUCUUGAUAUUAUAAAUCCACAUCAAUAAAACCGAUAAUUUAAUAAACACGACUUAACUCGUUAUGUUUUUCACGUCACUGCUGAAA